AUAUGUAACUCUAACUCUCAAGUUUCCGUCCUUCUCAAGCUACGCUCAUAGCCCUCAGGUCUUUCUUUCCGAUAGACCGAAGUUUGAACCUGGUUGUCAAGCGAAUCAAGGUUGUUGGCAUUGUUGAAACGGUACGGAACCAAUAUCAUGAGGUUCACGCCAUUGGUCCGGUCAUCCUGUGAUGCAACAUCGACCAGAGAUAGAUGGCAAACGUCACCUCCGUGCCGGAAAAGAAGUGAUAUGCAUGUGUCGUCCUGGGCGUCGUGUUCUCUAUUUGACGAUGGCUGCGAUGUUUGGAGGCUGUACUCAAUCCGCUUAUAGCUGGCAGUAAUUUUACCCCAACAUCUGCGGAAGCUUUGUCGUAUCUUCAGUACUUUGUGUGGAGAUUUGCAUUGGGUAGGAAACUACCACACUGGUCGGUGGAUAUCGGUCUGCUUCUGUUGAGCUUCUCUGGUCUUCGAGGCGUCAUUACGACGGACUAGUGCGCUUUGGCUCGUCCUUCUACACCCCAAUAUUAACCUUCUGGUGUGUUCUGACUCCUUUGAGGCCGUUCUAGCACGCACCCCCUGCACAUUGCCGACCUACUGAAGAGAAUAAAGGCAGAAUCACGCCCACGGUGCGCUCUAGCCCCGCCUGUUACUGAUUUUUACGAUCUUACAUCCUGAUUUUCUCCUAGCCGUCCGACAUUGCUCUACGACCCUGGUUCUUGUCUGAAACGUCUGCUAUGACAGCCUUUUGCGAUCAGGACGCCCUUUUGCCCGAGGUCGACGACGACGAUGGCAUGCCGCCUUUGGUCGACAAUCCUUACCCGCCGAUGACUUUCACAUUUGCGAUGAAUAUGACUCCGAUCACUUAUGGUACUUCGCCUGGUAGCUUCGAAGUUGUGCCUGAGACAACGCCCCAAAGCAAGUUCAUAUACUCCCCGCCAAGUUCUCCGAUCCUUGAACCUAUGAAGUCCUCUCAUGCUAAGAAACGGGAUGCUUCCUAUAUUCCAAGACCUCCGAACGCGUUCAUCCUUUUCCGUUCAUCUUUCAUACGUGCUCAACAUAUUCCGGGAAAGAUCGAGGGGAAUCACAGUGCCCUCUCUAAGAUUAUUGGUGCGUGCUCAUUCUCUCUGUCUCACGGAAUCUACCAAUGUAUUCUCUUAUUCUUAGGAAAAUGCUGGAAGGCACUCCCGCGUGAGGAACGCGAGGUGUGGGAGGCUAAGGCGAUUGUUGCUCAAGCCGAGCAUAGGAAGAAAUACCCCGACUGGCGAUUCAGACCCAGUGCAAACGCACUAGCGAAGGUGAAAGACGGGCCACGAAGACGAAAUAAUCGAAAAGGAAGAGGAGAAGCGGAGAAGGGAGAACGGAAUCGAGAGAAACGAUGUGCGAAAAUUGCAGACUUGCUGGUGGCGGGGAAGAAGGGAAGUGAUUUGCAGGUUGCAAUCGAAGCUUACGACUGCGAGACUGGAGAAUCGAAGAACGUCAAGGAGGAGAAUGGAGGUGUGGUUGUUAUGAAGGUCCAGGAGCAGGAAAUAUCAUCCGUCGCCAACGUCAUGGUUCCUCAAGUUUCCCCAGUCAAUGCUAAUGCGACACUUGAUAUCAACACAGCUCGCAAGGAAAUACGAUCCUACACCCCAGAUGUGUACCACGACGGGAGGUUCAAGACAUCGUUAACCUCUAUGUUCCGACGUUCGGCCUCUGCGCCUGCAUCCCAGACUCGCAACAGCACGUCCUCCACCAAUGCUUCGUCCAGCAUUGAGGCCUCGUUGCCUCCUCCUGUGGCUUGCGACUUCGCGUCCUUCUCAGCGUCAGCUCAAACUCCCGAUGUAGAAUUUUCGCCCCAGCCACGUGUGGUCGGUGACAUCACACCUGUUUCGACGAUGACUUCCACGAGCAUCAAAGACGUAAAUCGUGCGGAUUCUUUACUGCCUUCGGUUCCAGGAUUCACGACUGUCCUUACUGAUUCCUCUCAAGUCUGUGGCGGUGUUUAUCCCAUUCAAUGCCCUGAUACGUACGAGCAUCCUUCCUUUGACAUAAACACAAGUCUUUCGCCAUGCAGUCCUGCGCCUACGACACCCGCGUUCGAACCUGAUUUUGAUGAGGUUUCAACACCUGCACAAUCUCCUAUUGCGUUCGAUUUCGCCGUUCAAGGAACUGGUGACUAUGUUGAUUCUCCCCACGUUACCCCCGAUUCCCCAUUCGGAGUCGGAGAGACGAUUUCGUCCAACUGCGGAGACCACUAUUCUGACUUGCUUUCACACAACCAAUCUUCUUAUUCAUCAUUGAAGGGGUGGGCCGGGGAUGCCACUUCUAAGCGCUCUUUUGCUUGUGCCAACUCGUGGGUCGGUACUCUUCCUGUUGCUCAGCAACCCAUGAUAUACGACCCCGACCGUGUCAUGAAAGAUGCCUUCGCAGCCGCGACGGUAUCUUAUGAAGAGUGGGGCCUCGGAUCUUCAGCACAAUUGUCUUUGCAAUACCCCGAUCGCAGUUUCGAAGACCUACAAAGUUUGCAGCACUAUGCACAAGGCUGGCAGGACCUUGCAAUGGCUACUGGUAACUACGACGACCAGUACCAAUUGUUGUGAUCCUUGUUAUGCCGUUCCUCACAGAGUCUAUUUCCCCUUUCUCCUGGACUUUGAACGAUCGAAGGUAUUCUGGACCUGUUUCAGAUCGGUGUCUUUUCAUUUACGAUCGAGUCCUUAUUGUUCUCUUGUCUCCCAGCGGCUCCCAGCGGAUGAUUCAACUCUUCUGAUACACGUUUGUUGACGCUGCCUCUAUGCUCUCCUUCUCUUGCGCGCCUUGUCUUUAUCCCCUAUGCUUCCCUUGUUUUGCCACUUCCUCUAUCUACUUCCCGACUUGCCUCGGCUUCCGUCGGGUUGUCAUAGAACGCCGAUAGUUGUGUUUUACCCUCUUGUUCUCCUCUGUCUCGAUAUCAGCUGUUGCACACUAGUGUUGUACAGUAGUUGUGUAUCUGGUAUGUCUUUGCUAUCUCUCCCAUGCUUUUUUUGUUUUCUGACUGCGAUACACGAUUCUCAAGAUUAUGUACUACAUGUGUAUUUUUCUGUUCUGUAUGUCAACAAUUUAUGCCAGGUUAUUACACCCGUGUUCGCCGCUGUACAGAGCUUAUCUGGCACUUCAGCGCUAUGUCUUGAACUUUGGAUCAUCAUCUGGCGACCUCCACCGAGCGCG